AUGGAGCAGGUUCCGGCCAAGAAGGAAAGGAGGCUGACGCUUGUGCUUGGCCUGGCGACGCUGAUUGCUGCCUUUGGGUCAUCCUUCCAGUAUGGGUACAACGUGGCCGUCAUUAACUCCCCUGCCCAGUUCAUGAAAAUGUUUUACAACAAGACCUACUAUGAGCGGAACAAUGACUACAUGGACGAGUUUGCCUUGACGUUGCUGUGGUCUGUUUCCGUGUCCAUGUUUCCCUUCGGAGGCUUCGUCGGGUCCCUCAUGGUCGGCCCCCUGGUGAAUAACUUUGGCAGGAAAGGGACCUUGCUCUUCAACAACAUCUUUUCCAUAGUGCCUGCCGUCUUAAUGGGGUGCAGCAAGGUCGCCGGGUCUUUCGAGAUGAUCAUUUUGUCCAGACUUUUGGUGGGAAUAUGUGCAGGUCUGUCUUCCAAUGUUGUCCCUAUGUACCUGGGAGAGCUGGCCCCUAAAAACCUGAGGGGGGGCCUCGGGGUGGUGCCUCAGCUCUUCAUCACCAUCGGCAUCCUCGUGGCUCAGAUCUUCGGCCUUCGGAGCCUCCUCGCGAGCGAAGAAGGCUGGCCGAUCCUCCUCGGGGUGACCGGGGUCCCCGCGGCUCUCCAGCUCCUACUAUUACCCUUUUUCCCCGAGAGCCCCCGGUACCUGCUGAUUCAGAAGAAGGACGAGGUAGCUGCCCAAACCGCGCUGAAGAGGCUGCGUGGCUGGGACGACGUGGGCCCCGAGAUGGAGGAGAUCCGGCAGGAGGACGGGGCCGAGAGGGCCGUGGGCUUCGUCUCCGUGCUGAAGCUGUUCCGCACGAGGUCCCUGCGGUGGCAGGUCAUCUCCAUCAUCGUCCUCAUGGGCGGCCAGCAGCUGUCGGGUGUGAACGCGAUCUACUACUACGCGGACCAGAUCUACCUGAGCGCGGGGGUGAAGGAGAAUGACGUCCAGUACGCGACAGUGGGCACCGGGGCCGUCAACGUGCUGAUGACCGUCUGUGCCGUGUUCGUGGUGGAGCUCUUGGGGCGAAGGUUCCUGCUCCUUCUGGGUUUCUCCGUCUGCUUCACGGCCUGUUGCGUGCUGACGGCGGCCCUGGCCUUGCAGGACACAAUAUCCUGGAUGCCUUACGUCAGCAUCGCCUGCAUCAUCGCCUACGUCGUGGGACACGCCCUUGGGCCGAGCCCCGUCCCCGCGGUGCUCAUCACGGAGACCUUCCUGCAGUCCUCCCGGCCGGCCGCCUUCAUGGUGGGGGGCAGCGUGCACUGGCUCUCCAACUUCACGGUGGGCUUGAUCUUCCCGUUCGUCCAAGUGGGCCUCGGAGCCUACAGUUUCGUCAUUUUCGGCGUGAUCUGUCUUCUCACAACCAUCUACACCUUCCUGGUGGUCCCCGAGACCAAGGCCAAGACCUUCAUAGAGAUCAAUCAGAUUUUCACCAAGAUGAAUAAGGUGUCAGAGGUGCGCCAGGAAAAAGAGGAACUGGAGGAAUUUCCACCCUCUACUCGGGGGCAGUAACUCGAGGGAAGGAGCCUGCUGAGCGGGUCUGCGCCGGCUUCCCUCCCGGGCUUUUGUCCCGGCCAAUAGCCGUGAACGUGCGGGACUAGGCGCUGUCCCGGGUGGAAGGCACCGGGGCUGUGCCGUCUGUCUCCAGAUGACCGCCGUCAACCCCGAGUCACGGGGAGCAGGCGCCCCUCGCCGCGCUGGGCUAGCCGUCAGGUCCUGAUAACGCCGGUUCUCACGACAAAAAUCAUUAGUGUGGUGGCGGGAUGGAAAGAAUCACAUCUGGCCAGAGAAACACCUCUUCUGAAAUCCAUGGGUCUUCUGGGGACCGGAGGCCUGCGUUCAGGGGAAUUCUUCCUCUUGCCCGAUCCGUCUCCAGAAACACCAGUUCUGGAAAGUGUGAUGUCUGAGAAGCUGCGAAGCAGGUCCCUAUGGAGACUUCAAUGGAGUCGGAGCUUGUUAAUUCCGGAUUAUAUUGCUGAAGGGCAGUGAAUGGCAUUGCCUCUGAAUGCUCAA